UGCUAAUACUAUCGACUCCAGGAAAAUGCGUUAUGGGGCAUCACUAGAAUUACAGAUAGCAACGCCAUUUUUGUGUCUAGUUGAUUGACUUUUGUGUGCGUCAUUUUAACGAAAUUGACGAUAUUCUAAUUCAUUUAAACGUUAUAUUAUUAAUUGUUAUAUAAAACAAGUAACCAUGAGUUCAACUAUUGAUCAGAUGUUUAUGUGACUGUGUAUAUUGAUUAUUUGCUGUGGAAUUAUCUGCGCGGGAAAUGUGGUAUUUUCCGAUAGCUCUCGCUAUAACCAAACAUAACUGAAUAGUGAACAUUAAAAAACAUUUGCCAGAUCUGAAGAUGAUUUCGCAACGUGUUCGUGAAAGCAGAAGAGUCAGGGCUCUCAAAUUGCCCAAGAAGAUUGAACGUUUGUACAAGGCAUCGAAAUGUCGAGACUGUGCUGUUGUUGUGACGCGUAUGGACUUUGCUAAAAUUUUAGGUAAAUUCACCAAAGUAAAAAUACAAUAUGAAAGUAGUUCCACGUCUAAAACAAAAAAGGUUUCUGAGGUAACUUCACCCAACUCCAAUACUAGGUUAAAAAGCAAUGAGAACGGAAUGGUACUCAUUCACAGGAAUGCCUAUAAUCAGCACCCUGUGAAGGAGCUUUUGUCUUCUAAGAAACCUAAGAAUAGCAUAACUCAACCUGCUACACCGAAACCAACUAACAAUGUGCUUAAAGAAAAUAAUCGUUUAAAAAAGACACCAAUGGUAAAAGACAAAAACUCAAACAUUAGAGUUUCCAUUAGGAAUGAAUCAAAGAAAAAGAAUAGUACUACACAGUUGAAACAAUAUGGUAUAAUAUUUGUUGAUCCAAUAUCAAAGAAAAAAAAUGAUAUCAAAAACAAAAUAAAUUUACAAGAUUUGUUGCCUCUUAUAGAUAAAAAUGUUUUGCCAAGCAAGGAAUGGUGUUUGGAUUAUUUACCACGUAAUGAGGAACCUACUAAUGACAAAGUGUAUGAUAGGAUAGCGGCAGAAUUAGAAGAUUUAAUGUACAAUGAAAAACCAGCUCCAAAAUCAGAGGUUAAAGCAGAAAAUGUAGAAACCAAAGUUGAUGACUUUCCUUCAAUAAUGGAUAUUUUGAAUGAUAACUCAAAUGAGAGCAGCAAACCAAAUAAUCAGACUACCCAUCUAGAAUCAAGUGAUGUUGAAGCUAUGCUUCUUGGAAAAUCUGAUUCUUCAAGCAAACUGGUAGAACCAACUCCAACUCCUAUGGAGGUUGAUAACACAGAUAUGAGCAACUUAAUUGAUGAUGUAGCACAAUUGAAUGCUAUUCAAGUAGCAGCAUCGGACCAAGAUAAAGCAGUGAAAAUUCCACCUAUCAUUGAAGAAAUUGAUAAUCCACAGAGCCCUUCUAUUCUCGAUGAAGCAUUGCAGAAGGGAAUAGAAGAACAUUUACCGUGUGAUCCUCUGGCUACAGAAAAUCCUAUUGGAAGUCCGAGUAAAAUUACCGAAGCUAAUGUAUCUCUCAAUGGUGUUGAUUGUAAUGUAACAAAUAAAAAUGAAGAGAUGGACUCUUCAGUGGAAAGUGAAGCCAAUAACAAAAUUUCCAUUCCCUCUAAUAUCACACAUUUGAUUUUUAAGAAAAAUGUUGAUGGCGGUUCUUUGAAGUGUGUGACUUGUCCCAAAAAUCUUAAAUACACUAUAGAGCUUGAAGGCAAAUCUGUUGAACUUUUGGGUGCACCUAAGUUCAUAUCAAGUUUAGAGGAUCUCCAAGUGUUGUUGCAGAUAGUAAAUGAGACUGAUCCUAAACAUCCACUGAUUUGUCACUAGCCUAAUGUAAAGAUGCUAAUAAACAUAAAAUUAAUUGUAAAGUCACAGGUGUUUUGUUAAUGUCUUUGAGACAUGAGGGUUAUGCAAAUCAUAAUAUCCAUAAAAAUAAAUUGACCCUAACAUAGUGUGGUUUUUAAUAUUACAAAGACAUUCAAAAUUGCAAUGUAAUAUAAAAUAUACAUUGGUGU